UCGAAACACAGGCUAGCUCACUUCCUCGCCAAAAUCCACGUGCAGAGUAGGAGCACAAUUCUCCUGCGUGUCUACGCACAGUAACAAAAUGAAACGCCCGAAGUUGAAGAAAGCAAGUAAGCGCUUAUCCUGUGCAAAGCGUUUUAAAAUUCAGAAAAAGGUCCGAGAACACAACCGAAAACUACGGAAAGACGCCAAAAAGAAGGGGAUAAGCAAACGGGUCAAGAAGGAUAUUGGAGUACCAAACAGCGCACCUUUCAAAGAGGAGAUUCUGAGGGAGGCUGAACAGAGAAAACUGCAGCUUGAAGAGCUGAAAGAACAGAAUCGGGUUGCCAAGCAAACUGAUAAGGCCCAGAAAAGGAAGAAGGAGAAGGAGGAAAAGGAUGCUGCCAAAGCUGGAACAGAGCCUAAGGCUAAAAAACAGAAAAAGGAUAAGAAGACCAAACAGCAGCAGAAGAAGAAGUCCACUACAGGCACGAACAAAAGCGCUAAGAGGUUCCGUUGUAGAGAACUGAACAAGGUGAUCGAAGCAUCUGAUGUCCUAGUAGAGGUCCUCGAUGCCAGAGACCCUCUUGGUUGCCGGUGUCCUGAGCUUGAGGAGGCUGUGUUGAAACAUGAGGGCAAGAAGAAGCUGAUGUUUGUGUUAAACAAAAUAGAUCUCGUACCAAAAGACAACCUGAAAAAGUGGCUGGAGUAUCUUCAAUUGGAGUGUCCAACCUUUGUGUUCAAGGCAUCCACACAGCUUCAAGACAGAACAGUAGAGGAGAAGAGGAGGAGACGGAUGGCAAAUGGAGUGGAUCACUCCAGAGCAGGGGCUGCAUUAGGUCACACAUCUCUUCUGGAAGUGCUCGGAGAAUAUGCCAGCACACUCAACACAGAGAGCAUGCUCAAAGUGGGUAUUGUCGGGUUCCCCAAUACAGGGAAGAGCAGUCUGAUCAACAGCCUGAAAGGUCUGCGGGCCUGCCAUGCUGGAGUUCAGCGAGGACUAACCAAGUGCAUGCAGGAGGUGCACAUCUCCAAAACUGUCAAGAUGAUUGACAGUCCUGGAGUAAUUGCGACACCUUCAAACUCUCCAGUGUCCAUGGCGCUCAGAAGUCUGCAAGUUGAGGAGAAGGAGGAAAGCUCUAUAGAGGCUGUUCGAACUCUUCUGAAACAGUGUGACCAGCAGCAGAUUAUGCUGCAAUAUAAUGUUCCAGACUACAGAAAUUCUGCGGAAUUUUUGACAUGUUUUGCCAAGAAGCGUGGAUUUCAGAUGAAAGGUGGUGUGCUGAACACUGAAUUGGCUGCCACCACAUUUUUGAAUGACUGGACAGGAGCAAAACUGAGUUAUCAUUCCAAACCACCUGACAAUCACCCCCUGCCUCCAUACCUGUCAGACGCUAUGGUAACAGAGAUGCAAAGGGGAUUGGACAUGGACAAGCUAAAGAGCGGCAACGAGGAAGCUAUUAACAGUGUGAAGUGCCCAAAUCCGGCUAGCAGCAUAGGAUUCCUCUCAAAGGGUCCCACGGCAGGGAUGCUGAAUGAAAGUGAGAUCCCAGAGGAGAAGGCUGUGGAGGCUGUAGUGGAGGAGGAGGAUGGUGCCGAGAAGAUGGAGAAUGGCAGUGAGCCAGAGGAGUCUGCCGAGAUGGAUGAGCAUCAUGAAGACGACGGGAUGGAGGAGAUGGAACAGAGGACACAAACAGGCAAAACGUCAUCAGAAACCCAGAAGGCUGCGGUUAAACGGGUUGCUUUCAAUGUGGACCUCUCCUCUGCACAGCAGAAUGAUGAUGAAGCAUAUGACUUCAACACGGACUUUAACUGAGCUCUUGAAGCUUGGUCUUUUUCUACAUGUCAAUGUAAAUGUCAACUUCCUGUUGACCUUGAUGUAUUUAAGGUCUGCCAGUCUAUUGUGCAUUCACUGUAAAUAUGCUGAUGUAAAAACAAAAGACUAUUAAAGGUCUAUUAAAACUUG